AUGUCGAACGCGUGGGCGCGCCCGGCUCCUGGGAGCGUGCUGAGCACGGGGCAACGCUCAGGCGCAAGCUUCAGUGGCUGCAGUGGCAGCGGCGACAUGGCCGGCGUCGAGGAGCUCUCGGGGACGACGGCUAGAGGACGCAAGGGACGACGGGGCAAGGGGGAAUCGGGUCAAUGGCUCACCGCGGAGCUGUGGGGACGGGCUGGACGGCGAAGGCGGAGCGGAUCAACUGUCCGGCACCGCUGCCUGAAGACCCAGCUAACAGAAAUGCUGGUCUCGGCGCCGUAUCAGGCGCCGAAGAAGAAGGGCAAGGAGGGAAAGAGCGGCCCCCGCCACAAGGGUUCUUCGGACGCUAUGUCUGGAGAGACUGAGGCCCCCUCUUCCCAUGAGGGAGACAAGGAAGAGGAAGAGGAGGUGGAAAGCGACUCCCCCUGCAAGGGGAUGAAGAAGAAGAGGGCGGCCUCCAAAGACCCGAAGGGGGAAGCGCCCAAGAGGGGGAAAAUGAUCCUCCAGGACAGUUCAAACUUUGACGCCGAACUGGUCUCCAAAAAACCGCCCCUGGCCAAAACCCUUCCCCGCGACCUCCCAAACCCCUCGCUAUCGGAGGGGAGUUCUUUGCCACCUGAGAUGGCAAAGAGCGAGACGCCGCCAUGUGCCCCCUCGCCCCUCACCGCGGAUGGCACCGAGGUGUUAUCCCAAAGGACCUCUCCUGGCUGCGGAGGGGCGAGUGAGGCCAUCGAGAAGGCGCCCGAAGACAUGGUGGAGGCCACCCCCAUGGCAACUAACGGUGGGGACCGUCAACAAUCCAGGCCCCAGCCGUACACUCUCCCGGAGACCAAUGUGGCUCCGGGAUUGAGCAAGCAGCUCCCUUCGAAGGAGGGGGGAGGAUCAGCUCCAUCGGCGACCUCCACUAAUCCGGAGGCGCCGAACACUCUAGUGGAGGCACUGCAAUGUGCUUCCAUCAUGGAGGAGCACCGCACGCUGAAGGGUGCCGUAGUAGAGAAGGCUUCCCUGUUGGUGGCAACCGCCCAGGCCGCCGAAGUUUCCGAGCUCAAUUGGAAACUGAAGCUGGCCGAUGAAGAAAUUGACCGCGUGAACAAGCGGUUCGAUGACACGCAAGUUGGAGCAGCUGAGGUCCAAACCCUCAAAGGAGCCCUUGCCCAAGCCCAAAAGGAGGCGAAGGCAAACAAGGCAGCCGCUGAAAAAGCGGCUGCAGAACUGAGGACCGAACAGGCCGCCCGCCGACAACACAAAGCUCAGGUGGCCGAGGUCGAGCAGGAGCUAAAGGAAGCCAUCCUCAAGUGCGAGGGUUUGGAGCAGAAGGCUUCGGCUAAAUCUUCCAAACUUGCCAAAGCACUGCAAGAUGCUAAGGCAGCACGGGUCGAGUCCCGAAGUGCUCGUGAGGAGAUCCACCAGGCGAAGCAAAUAGCGGCUGGGUCUGCUUCUAGUGCCAGUGAUAGCCAGAAUAUAUCUGAGCAGCAUGAGGAUCUCAGUGAGGGAUCAAGUCCAGCUAAAAGUUUUGAUGAAGGCAGCAGGAUCACUCCUACCAAUUUGCCUAAGGCUGCCAAGACAACAAGGAAAACCAAGGGCUCGGGCACAGAUGAAGAUUUCCAGCCCGAGGAAGUGACCUCAAAGAAGAAGAAGAAGAAGGUGCUUGCCAAGGAGUAUGGCACAUCAGCCAGCACCAGGCCAUCAGGCAGUGCCAAGGAGAGAUUGGUUGUGAGGAAGGUCCUAAUCUCCAAGGCAGACAAAGCCACAGCUCCCAAAGGAACCAUGACAUUCACACUUGAGGACCCUAGUGAUGCAGAGGCUGGUGCAGGCAAGAAGAAGAAAAGGCCAAGGAAGACAAUUGCUCAUGUUAUUGGCAAACCCUCCAUGGUUGCUGAUGAUCAUGAUGAUGAGGAAGAGGAGGAACCAACUGCUGAUGCACCUCCAGCAAAGACUCAAAAGCUUAUGACAGAUGUUGUGAAGUCUGUUGCUCCCUCCAAGCCCAAGUCCAAGCCCAAAGCUCUAGCACCUAAGAGGUCUACCAGGAACUGCUAG